CAAUAGAUAUUAAAAACCUGACUGGGUGUAAACGAAACGUAGAAACAAUCCGGUAGUUGUCACUCGGGUUUCCCCAACUCUAUUUUUAUUUACUUUUAGAUUUCCUUUUGAGAAAGAAGUUUAAAAUAUGAAUGAAUUUUAUUUGUUCUUCAAAGAAAAUCAGAAAAAGUUCAUGUGUGAGAACACCAAAUUGUAUUGUACUUUCCGACAUUGUACUAAGUCAAUCAGAUAUAGAAGAUAUUAAAAAAAAUUUACACAACUCCAAGUAUAAAAACAUUGUUUGUUUUUAUACUUAAGAUAAUUUCUUUUAAAAAAUAAUACUCUCACACACCACAUCAUGCAGCUUACGAUGUACGGAGACAAAAUUGCAUUCCGCUUGUUGUAUUUCCGAGUCGACAUUUCUAGAUUUCUAUUGUCAAUUUCUGACCUGGUUGGAUGGGCUAGUGUAAUUAAUACGGCAAAUUUAAUACAAUUUGGGCAGUAAUAACAGAAUAUCAGAAACAGUGAAGAACCAUUUACUUAUGAUACUUCUUCAAUAUUUAUCAUUUUUGAAAGACUGAAGGAAAUUGUUGCACAGAACAGAAAUAAUUCUGUUUAUAUGAAUCCAUGGUGACUUCCUGAUAAAUAUUUUUUUAGAACUCAGAUAAAUAUCAAUACCUGUGUUUUGGGGGGUUUUUUUCAGUGCCUAAAAAAGUGUAUAAACUGAUUUUGCAUUCUAAUUUCUCUUUUUCCAUUGCAUAUAAUAUCUACAACAUCAUUUCACAAACUUCGUAGAAGUGGAAAAAAUUUACAAAAGAGUUUGUAGCAUCUUCAGAUAAAAAGUUCGCCAUUGAUGAAAAUAUAACAGCAGUAAUAUUUACUAGGAAUAAAAGAAUAAAAUCAAAAAGAAAAUCAUCUGUAUAUUGUGGUAAGAAGAAGAAAAAUGAUGGAAAAUGAGUUAAGUCAGAUGGUUACACAUGAAACAGCAACUGAAAAGAUUGUCUUUUCUGACGAUUUAAAGAAUGUGAAAAGUAAAAAGUCAUAUCAUUGUGAUACCUGCGGUAAAUCAUUUUCUCAAAAUAGCAAACUAACUAAACAUAAAUCUAUUCAUACAGGAGAAAAACCAUAUCAUUGUGAUGUCUGUGAUAAAUCAUUCUCACAAAAAGACUACCUAACCACUCACCUACGUGUUCACACAGGUGAAAAGCCAUAUCAGUGUGACAUCUGUGAUAAGUCGUUCUCUCAAAGUGUUCACUUAACUAAACACAAACGCAUUCAUACAGGGGAAAAGCCAUAUUUCUGUGAUGUCUGUUGUAAAUCAUUUGCUGAGAAUGGUACCUUGACUAGACAUAAACGUAUUCACACAGGGGAAAGGCCAUAUGAAUGUGAUAUCUGUAAUAAAUCAUUUACUCAAAAGGAUAACUUAACUACUCACCAACGCAUUCAUACAGGAGAAAAACCAUAUUGUUGUGAUGUCUGCGGUGAAUCAUUCUCGCAAAACGUACACUUAACUAAACACAGAAGCAUUCAUACAGGAGGAAAACUUUAUUUCUGUGAUAUUUGUGAUAAAUCAUUCACUGAAAAAAGUUCCUUAAAAAGACACAUCCGCAUUCAUACAGGUGAUAAACCAUAUCACUGUGAUAUCUGUUUCAGAUCGUUCUCUGAGAAUCAUACCUUAACUAUUCACAAACGCAGCCAUACAGGAGAAAAGCCAUAUCAUUGCGACAGUUGUGGUAAAUCAUUCUCCGACACUGGUCAUUUAGCUAGGCAUGUACGUAUUCAUACGGGAGACAAACCACAUCACUGCGAUAUCUGUGGAAAGUCCUUCUCUGAAAAUGGAGAUUUAACAAGACAUAUCCGCAUUCAUACAGGAGAGAAGCCAUAUCAGUGCGACAUUUGUAGUAAAUCAUUCUCUCAUGGACAUGCCUUAACUACUCACAAACGCACUCAUACAGGAGAGAAACCAUAUCACUGCAAUGUCUGUGGUAAAUCCUUCUCUGAAACUGGUCACUUAAGUAGACACAAACGCAUUCAUACAGGACUGAAGCUACAUCACUGUGAUAUCUGUGGUAAACCUUUCUCCGAAAUAAGUCAUUUAACUGAACAUAUUGCUAUUCAUACAGAACAGUAACAAUAUCAAAAUAUGGGGUCAAAAUACAUAGGAGUGGCUGUGUGGUAAGUAGCUUGCUUACCAACCACAUGGCUCCAGGUUCAGUCCCACUGCGUGGCACCUUGGGCAAGUGUGUUCAUUUUGUUCAUUAAAGUAUUUCCUUUUACUCAUUAGUGUGUAUAUAUAUAUAUAUAUAUAUAUAUAUUGUAUUUUGGGAUGGUCGGUUUUUUUUUUUGUUUUUGUUUUUGCCAAAUAAAUGCCUGCACUAUA